AUGAGUCAAAGUGACUCGUCUGAUUUGCGCUACGUGCGGUAUGACAGUGCCCGUGAAAAUGAAUACGUCGCCGCCAUGCGUCAAUUGAUCUCCAAAGAUCUGUCGGAACCCUAUAGCAUCUACGUCUACCGGUAUUUUCUCUACCAAUGGGGCGAUCUCUGUUUUCUUGCUAUGGACGAGAACGACGAAAUGGUGGGCGUCGUGGUCUCGAAGCUGGAGCCGCAUCGUGGAGGUCCACUCCGAGGGUACAUUGCUAUGCUGGCUGUGCGCGAGGAGUCCCGAGGUCGAGGGAUUGCGACCAGGCUAGUACGCAUGGCUAUUGACGCCAUGAUUGAGCGCGACGCGGAUGAGGUACGUCUUCUGUCCGACAUACGAGUGAGGCAGAGGGGUUUGUUCGGAUUGCUCACCGUGAGAUAUGAUUUGCAGAUUGUCCUCGAGACCGAGAUUACCAAUACUGCUGCCAUGAAGCUCUACGAAAGACUGGGCUUCUUACGCAGUAAACGACUCCACCGUUAUUACCUCAACGGCAACUCCGCAUACCGCCUUGUCCUCUACCUGCGAGAGGGGGUAGGCUCUAUCCGGACCUCAUACGACCCGUAUGGCCCGCCCUAUCCAAUGGAUCAUCCCAUUGCUCCGACAACUGAAGGAAACGGCAGUUGA